GAAGCGCCGAGCGGCUCUCGCCGUCCCCCGCUCCAUCCGUCCUUUCCGCUUCCGGUGGCGGCAGCGAGAGGAGGCGCGAUGUCGGCGCAUCUGCAGUGGAUGAUCGUGCGGAACUGCUCCAGUUUCCUCAUCAAACGCAACAACCAGACCUACAGCACUGAGCCGAACAACCUCAAAGCUCGGAAUUCCUUCCGCUACAACGGACUCAUCCACCGCAAAACCGUGGGCGUAGAGCCGGCGCCGGACGGCAAAGGCAUCGUCGUGGUGCUCAAAAAACGAGCUGGGCAACGGAAACCGGCGACGUCGUACACGCGAGUGUUGAUCCGUCGCGACGCGCGAGCGACGCUGAGCAGCGUUCGGCAUCUCAUCAGCAAGAAUAAAUACCGGCGUGACUUGCGCAUGGCUGCUCUGCGCCGCGCCAGCGCCAUUCUGCGCAGUCAGAAACCCAUAGUGGUGAAGAAGAAAAGGGGGGGACGCGCGGCCAAAGCCCCAUGAGCCCCCCCAAAAAACUGAAAUAAAGGGGUGACCCCCUCGGGGCCCCCCAAAACUGUGGGGCAUCAUUUGGGGGGCGGGGGGAGGCUGUUAGGAGGGUUUGGAGACCCCCCCAGAAUGAAAUAAAGGGGUG